AUGGCUUCGUCACAGAGAUCGACGUCCAAGACGGUGAUGACAAGAACAAACAAAGUCCGUUCAAUCUUUGACAGAUUCGACGCCAAUGGCGACGGAGGCCUUAGCCGCGACGAGAUGGGUGCCCUCGUCACCGCCGUCAAGCCAAACGUCAAGUUCAGCUCCGAUCAGAUCUCUACCAUUCUUGACGAAGUUUUCCGAUCAUAUUCCAAUUUCAUUGAAAAUCCUUUGAUAGGUCUCUCCUUCAACGGCCUUCUUCGCAUCUAUGAUGACAGCACCGGCGACGUUGACAGGGAUUACUCAGCUCUCUUCUCUUCCUCUCUAGUCAUCUCCACAACCCAAUUGAACGAUGCCCCUAAAAUCCCAAACCUUAGUGUUGCAGCUGCUUGUUCUAAGUCGCCCACCCAUGGUGUCCUAUAUGUUAAUACGAGGAAGCUUGUUGAGGAUCUGGAGAUAGUUAUCAUUAGGGGAAUCAAAGGUUGUACUCGUGGUCACUUCAAUGUAAAACUUGAUUAUAGGAAUUUCGUCUGGGAUAAGAAUUGUGCGGAUUUUAGGAAACUUUUGAAGGAGGUGAGGGAGAUUCGGGUUGCAAUUGAUCGGAAUUUUCCAAGAGAAGAAGUGACUUUUGAUGGGCAUAUGGCGAUUGGACGGACCCUGCAACAUUAUAAUCUUCUUACAGAGGCUCUUCAGAGCUUCCAGCGCGCGGCGGAUUUGAGGCUGACUGAUGUUUGGCCUCAAUACGAAGUAGGCAAUUGUUUAAGUGAUUUAGGGAGGUUGGAUGAGGCUAAGGUUAGACAUAUAUUGUGUCUGGAGUUGGCAGAGACCAAUUCGAAUAAGUAG